UGUCGUCAUUAAAAUUCCAGUUAGCUUGUCACUUCUUCAAAAGGAAGUUCUGCUCCGGUGAACUAGCCACCCAAAGACGAAUAUCUGAAACAAAGAUCUAGAUUAAAACACAAUAUGGAAGCGAAUAGACCAAAUCAGACAGCAGCUGGAGACGCCCCUGGUCAAGUUGAGGAGGCAAAAAAGGCAACAGCCGCUGCCCAAGCAGCCAAGCACCUGCCUGAGGUUCGUCUGGUUGUGCUGGGCUGGAGGUGGCCGGGGAAGAGCCUGACCGCCAACACUAUCCUAGGCCGAGAGGAAUUUCACCUGGAGCGAGCAGCUGAGUUCUGUGUGAAGAGGGAGACUGAGGUACAGGGGCGGCAGGUGAUUGUGGUGGACACUCCAGGGUGGUUCUCCACCCAGGACACACCACCCUCUUAUAAACAGGAGCUAGUGAGAGGGGCAUCUCUUACCCCUCCAGGUCCACAUGCCUUCCUGCUGGUCAUCCCUGUGGGCAUGUUCACAGAGGUGGACCGUGCACGCAUCACGGAGCAUGUCAGCCUCUUUGGUGAGCGUGUGUGGAAGCAUACAAUUGUGGUUUUCACUUGGGCAGAGGUGCUGAGGACCAUUUCGAUCGAAAGGUACAUUCGCAGGGAGGGUAAGGACCUGCAGUGGGUGCUGGAAAAGUGUAAGCGUAGGUACUUUGUCAUAAACAACUGCAUAUUCGGGGAGCAUCCCCAGGUAGGAUGCUUGAUGGAGAGGGUGGAGAAGAUGGUGGCACAGGAAGGGUACUACAACCCAGAGGAGGUGGAGGAAGAGAAGAAACCCCUGGAUGAGAACUCAAACCCAGCCAGAGAGGGGCGGGAGCUGGGGGCACGACCUAAACAGAACUCUGGACUGGGUUUGUCCAAGGCGAUGGAGGUGGACACGCUUUCCAAUUAACCAGACACUCCUGGCUGAUGGACCCUUUAAACCAUGACUAACGGAGCCUCUGCCUUACUGAACCAAUGGCAAAGCUGCUUAUUUGAUGAGACAGAAAAGGGUAAUUAACUGAAAUGUUACUGAAUGUAGAAACCGAUGUGAUUUAUUCUAUUUAUUUUUUAAUCAGACAUGUUCUUCCUGUGUUUUAGUCGUGUUGAUGCACACAUCCUCUCACAUAACAUAAACUCCCUUUUUUCAUGCUGACUUUUACUCCCAUUUUAACGCGUAAUGAUAUUUUGUUCUUUAGUGUGUAGGAUGUUUGUUGGUUUGUAAUAGUGUCUCUAAGGUAGUGUGAUGGGACGGAUUAAAUUAAAUCUAAAACGAGGAAGCACAAGCUGUUACAUACAGUAGGCCAUCAUUUUUAAACCCAGUGUAUACACUCCUUUGUCAUAGCAGAUACCAAUGACAGAACUGCACUAGUAAAUUGUUGCUAUAAUAUUCUGUUGAUGACUGUUGAGGGAAUUGCUUUUAUAAUGAUUCCCAUUUGUUGUGACCAAACUGUAAAUGCCUUUCUCAUGCUGUAAUGUUUAUUGCACUCUCGGUGUACAGUUAUAAAGCACUUGAGCAGUUAUUGAUUUUUGUCUGUUGCCUUAAAGCAGUCAUUUUGUUCCCUUUAAAUUGAUAUUUCAGAUGUUUAUAUAACUUUGUGGCAGAGGGAUAUGUUUGCGGCAAAGAUGCUCUACCAUGGCCUUUGAAACACAUGCUCUCAAUUUUCAUUAAAUCUGCGGAAAAUUCAGGUUCAGUCAGUACAGAAGUGCUGGGAGUGUGAAAAGUGUCCACAUCUAGCUAGAAGCAGCUACUUUACAAUGCUAUAGAAGUGCAUCCUGGCUACUUUUCUGCAGUUUAAAAUAGGUAGAGUAAUUCUUAAAAGUCUCUACAGAAGCAAGACUCGCUGUCUGCGUGAUGAAAGUGUUUGUGGCAGCUAUUUUUACAGGACAGGAGAGGUUUUUCCAGGGGGCACAGAGGAGAGGCACCUCAUGAAGAGAGUCUAACAUUUCCAUCAAUGAAACACUAGAAAGGUAGUACACAAGGACACUGGCAUUGUGCUGUCUUCCUUUACUUAACCAUCCUUUGAACUGCUUGCUCAAGUGCCUUUCUGUCAUAUUUACUGUUACAGGCUGUCACUUUCACCGAGUGGUCUGGUGAGUUACGUCCACUCUCAGAGAACCCGGGGUUGUUACAGAUAGUGACACAUCUGAGCAGUGUGGCUCAAGGUCCAACAUAGAAAUUAAAGCCUUCUUGUGUAGAAUUUCUAUGUGAUUAUCUCAUUUUUCAAAUUAAUCUGAAAGCUUAAAGGCACCCUGUGAGGUCUGUGACCACUAGUAGCUCUAUGGAGUGAGAUUUGUUGUUAGAUCUUGGGGAUACUUAGUGUUUUUUGGUGAGACACACUAAGUGUAAACAUAACUUUUGUUUAUUUACUAAGCUCUACAGGGUGCCUUAAGUUUUUGUUUGUAGAAAAAUGAGAAUUUGGGUGAAAACUGGUAUAGUGUGUGGCUUCCAGCAGGCUUUGAAAGCUCCUUCUGUUAUCCUAUCAGUAGGCAUUGUACACCACCAGGUCUGCAUAGCUACAUAGCUAAUAAGCAUGACAGCUAGGUCAGAGAGCUAAUUUUCUACAGGGCUAAUGUAUCAUUGAGUUCUCUUUUGCAGGACAGCUAUGCUGAAUUUAGCACCUUUUCAUAGUGACAGUGGCUCUUCCUGAGAGGGUGGAGUCAGCUGCUCUGGACAGACACUCGGCUCUGUGAGGGACUUACUGGGACUGAUUCCUUACCUCAAACACCACAUGAAUUGUGUUAUAAAACCAUUGGAGGGACCUAGUUUAAGGGAAAGUACUGUAACAAUAGUUACAUACUGUGGUUAACCAUGGUCAUGUGACCUCUUGUUGGGCCUCUAACCAUGUGGAUAUGGGACCCUUAUAGGAGAGGCCCAGCAGCACAAAGCAUAAACAGGUGCACACAGUAUUAAAUCUUUGCCUUGCAUAUCUCUCUAACACAGAUCAAUCAACAUACACCUGUGGUUACCAGUAUAACUGUCAAUACUACCCAGUUCUACUCCUCAGUUUUCAUUUACCUGGGUCAGAUCAGGUACAAAUAGAGGGACUUCUGAGUUCCACAGAGUCUGGUUGGAACCCUUUGCCUUCAACCUUUUGUUCUAUGUAAAUGUCGCAGAUCAGUUCUUGCUCUUGGCUCUCGGGAAUCUAGUUCUACUGGUUUUCACUCUAACAACCAAAUCUGGAUUGUCUGUCCUCAGGGACAUGUGAUGAAAUACCACAUUUGUUGGACAGAAAACCAGCAAGGCUCUGAGAGCCAGGAUUUAACACAACUAACAUGAAGGCCUUUUUACUGUAUUAAUGCUGUAGAUACUGUAUAUCUGUAUCUCCAUAAAUGCAUGAAUGUAUGUUUAUUCAUUCAUUUAUUAAGCAGAUCCAAUGUUGUAUACUCAUGCAGUAUAUGCACUAUAACUGUCUCACCCAACAAGGGUGAAUACUAACGUGUGUUGACAUUUAAUACAGAAACAUGAGAGAGGAAACUGACCUGCGAUAGACCUGUUGUACACUCAUUACUGAUAUUCUAUUUUAGAUACAGGGGGUUGAUAUAAACACUUCAAUAAAAAAGUACUUUGGAUAAUCACAAUUACAAACACUGCUACAAAUGGAGGUCAUACUGAAUUUGGUUUAAUGUCAAUUGGCAGCACUUGGCAAAAAAUACAGAAUAAUGUGAAAUAUAAAGGGAAGAGUAUGGAUUAGCAAAGGACAGCCGUCAUCAGUAAAGGUCAGGGUAUGACAAACAUUUAUUGUAUGUGGGACGCUGAUGUAAACUGCUCUGAGGCAUGCAACCUAAUAUAACCAUCUUUGUAGCUCUGUUUGUAAUGGUGAUUUAGUUACUUUCAAAGUCCUUUUUCCCCUCAAGUGUCAGCUCUGUUAUGUCUCCCUCCUGUGCCACACCGAUCUGAGUCUAGUAUGUGAAUCAAGUUACUCUUAAGAAAUUAAUGAACAAAGCCAAGUAACCUCUCUGGGCUUUUUGCUGUACACUCUGUAUGCCUGUAAUGUGCCUUAUUGGCUGACACUGUUUAGAUUUGCUUGUGAUGAAAUCAAAUGGCUUUAUUUCAAAGAAUGCUACGUUGUUUCGUUUGUUUUUCUGUUAGGUCCAAAUAAAUGUGUAUUUUGAUCCAC